CCCUGCCCUUUGCCCUCCCAGCAGCAUCUGGACAAGCCCCAGCAAGAAGCAACAGUCGCACCAUGGUUCCUCAGGCUCGCCGCUGGCUGGUGUUUUUCUGCUUUCUGCUCCAGCUUCAGGGACUCCUAGGAACUGUAGUUUUUGUAACCCAGGAGGAAGCACACAGUGUCCUCCACAGGCAAAGGCGCGCCUAUGCAUUCCUGGAGGAGCUGUGGCCGGGUUCCCUGGAGAGAGAAUGCCUCGAGGAGCAGUGCUCCUUUGAGGAAGCCCGAGAGAUCUUCAAGAGCACGGACAGAGCAUUUGUUGAAACAAGAUCUUGCUAUGUAGCCCAGGCUGGCCUCCAACACUCUCUUCCCGCCUCUGCCUCUGCCUGCCAAGCGCUGGAAUUCCAGCAGUUCUGGGUCGUGUACACAGAUGGGGACCAAUGCGCCUCGAAUCCGUGCCAGAACGGGGGCACCUGCCAGGACCACCUCCAGUCUUACAUCUGCUUCUGCCUCAUAGACUUUGAGGGCCGGAACUGUGAGAAGAACAAGAAUGAGCAGCUGAUCUGUGCCAAUGAUAACUGUGGCUGUGAUCAGUACUGCACUGACCAUCCAGGGACCAAGUGCACCUGCCACUGCCAUGAGGACUAUGUGUUGCAGCCUGAUGGGGUGUCCUGCAAACCAAAAGUUGAGUAUCCAUGUGGGAAAAUACCUGUUCUGGAAAAAAGAAAUUCCAGCGGCCCCCAAGGCCGGAUUGUGGGAGGCAAGGUGUGCCCCAAAGGGGAGUGCCCAUGGCAGGCUGUGCUGAAAAACAGUGGGUUACUGCUGUGCGGGGCCAUCCUAUUGGACAGUACGUGGAUCGUGUCUGCAGCCCACUGUUUUGAUACUAUCAGGAGCUGGAGGAACAUAACAGUGGUGAUGGGUGAGCAAGACUUCAGCGAGAAGGAUGGGACUGAGCAGGUACGACGGGUCAGACAGGUCAUUAUUCCUAACAAGUACAUCCCAGGCAAGAUCGACCAUGACAUUGCCCUGCUCCGUCUCCACCAACCUGUGACCUUCACUGACCACGUGGUACCCCUGUGUCUGCCUGAAAGGGCCUUCUCCGAGAGAACCCUCUCCAGAAUCCGCUUCUCAAGGGUCAGUGGCUGGGGCCAGCUGCUGGACCGCGGGGCCACAGCCCUGGAGCUCAUGGCUGUUGAAGUGCCCCGGAUGAUGACUCAGGAUUGCCUGGAACACGCCAAGCACAGUCCCGGCACCCCCCAGAUCACUGACAACAUGUUCUGCGCUGGCUAUAUGGACGGCACGAAGGAUGCCUGUAAAGGGGACAGCGGUGGCCCCCACGCCACACACUACCGUGGCACCUGGUACCUGACAGGUGUGGUCAGUUGGGGCGAGGGCUGUGCAGCUGUUGGCCACGUUGGAGUGUACACCAGGGUCUCCAGGUACACAGAAUGGCUGAUCAAGUUCAUGAACUCCAAGCCCCAGGUUGGGAUUUUCCAAGUUGAGCUGGUCCUGGGGCCAGCCAGAGGACUGAGGGCUUGGGCUCAAACCCCACAUGUGCCCUGGUACCCAGGCUUUGCCUCAUCCCCAUCUCAACUAACGGGUAGGAUGAGUAUUAGAAAAUGCUAUGACUGCUCUCAGUGCAAAGCAGGCCCUUGCAGGAAGUUUGGGAUAAGGAUAGCCAGCCCGGAAAAGGCUGGGGCUGGUGGCCACAGUUCCCAGUCCCCUGACCUCAUUGCUGGCUGGGGCUCCAAUCAGGAGGCUGAGAUAAGCAGGAGGACCAUGGCCACCUGGGGCUCAGGGCGAGUGAACCUUGCCCCCACGCCUGUCCCAGCAGCUGCUGUCCUUGACCACACCAUGGGGAGCCCGCUGAGACUCAGCCUGCUCUAUGUUGCCCUGGCCAGCCUCCUGUCACCUGGAAGAAGCCUGUUUAUUAACCGGGAACGCGCCAACAAUGUCCUGACGAGGAUUCCAAGGGCAAACUCAUUUUUUGAAGAGAUGAAGAAGGGCAAUCUGGAAAGAGAAUGUGUGGAAGAGGUAUGUUCUUAUGAAGAGGCCCGUGAAGUCUUCGAGGAUACUCAGAAGACGAAUGAAUUCUGGAACAUAUAUAAAGAUGGUGACCAGUGCGAAACCAAGCCUUGCCAGAAUCAGGGCAAGUGUCGCGACGGCCUCGGCGAGUACACAUGCACCUGCAUGGAGGGAUACGAAGGCAAAAACUGUGAAUUCUUUGUUCGGAAACUCUGCAGCCUAGACAACGGAGACUGUGACCAGUUCUGCAGCGAAGAGCAGAACACGGUGGUGUGCUCCUGCGCCAGCGGUUACUUCCUGGGUGAUGACGGCAAGUCCUGCAUCUCCACAGUGCCCUUCCCCUGUGGGAAAACCACCAUAGGACGUAGGAAGAGGUCCUUGGACCAGAGCACCAACCACAGUAAGCCUUUCCCUGAAUCCCUCUCGGACUUGGUGCUGUCACCUACGGAGAACCCGUCCAACCUGCUCAACCUCAACCAGACACAACCGGAAAAGGACAGCUCAAGCGUUAUUCGUAUUGUGGGUGGCCGAGCAUGCAAAGACGGGGAGUGUCCCUGGCAGGCUCUGCUCAUCAACGAUGACAACGAGGGCUUCUGUGGGGGCACCAUCUUGAAUGAGUUCUACAUCCUCACUGCGGCCCACUGUCUGCACCAAGCCAAGCGAUUCAGGGUGAGGGUAGGGGAUUGGAACACAGAGAAGGAGGAAGGCAAUGAGAUGGUGCACGAGGUAGACGUGAUCAUAAAGCACAACAAGUUUGUUAGGGAGACCUAUGACUUCGACAUCGCAGUGCUCAAGCUGAAGACUCCCAUCAUGUUCCGCAUGAACGUGGCCCCUGCCUGCCUGCCUCAGAAGGACUGGGCCGAGGCCACACUGAUGACGCAGAAGUCGGGCAUCGUGAGUGGGUUUGGACGCACGCAUGAGAAGGGCCGCCAGUCAAACAUCUUGAAGAUGCUGGAGGUGCCCUAUGUGGAUCGCAACACCUGCAAGCUCUCCAGCAGCUUCACCAUCACACAGAACAUGUUCUGUGCUGGCUACGAUGCCAAACUGGAGGAUGCCUGCCAGGGGGACAGCGGCGGCCCCCAUGUCACUGAGUACAAAGGCACCCACUUUGUGACUGGCAUUGUCAGCUGGGGAGAAGGGUGUGCGAGGAAAGGGAAGUAUGGGAUCUACACGAAGGUCACGGCCUUCCUCCGGUGGAUCGAGAAGUCCAUGAAAGCCAGGGUGGUGCCCACAUCUGAGACCCCAACGUCAACAAGCCCUCCCCAUUAAAGCAGCUCUCUAGA